AUGCACAGAGAAAGUACAGGAUCAGGUAUUGAGUCCUGGGAUUGGAGCCUUGAAGGGGAGAAAUGCACAUAUCAUGCUUUGUUUCCCAGAGCUUGGACUGUAUACGAUGGUGCUCCUGACCCGGAGCUUAAGAUAAUUUGUCGCCAGAUUUCACCAUUUAUUCCGCAUAACUACAAGGAGAGCAGCUUCCCUGUAACAGUAUUUACAUUCACGCUCUCCAACUCUGGAAAGACUGCUGCAGAUGUCACCUUGCUUUUUACCUGGGCUAAUUCGGUUGGUGGGGUCUCAGGAUUUUCUGGUCAUCAUUUUAAUUCAAAAUACAUGAUGCGAGAUAGUGUCCAUGGAGUGCUUCUGCAUCACAAAACUGCAAAUGGACACCAUCCCGUAACUUUUUGCAUUGCUGCUAAGGGGACGGAUGAGGUCCAUAUCUCUGAGUGCCCUUGCUUUUUGAUAUCUGGGUCUUCCUCGACUAUCACAGCAAAAGACAUGUGGCAUGAAAUUAAAGAGGACUCAUUCAACUUUCUGAGGCUCAGAAAAAAGUACCAACUGAUAAGCAUACUAACUAUGUAA